UUCAGAAAAAAUAUAUAUUUAAGAUGGAAAUAUGAAUACAGACUUUGAAACGAACGAUUUGAAGCGAAUCGAAAAUAGAUUAAGGACUUUCGAUAAUUGGCCAGUAAAUUUUAUCGAUAAAUAUGAACUAGCGCGAGCAGGAUUUUAUUAUUUAAAUAAUUCGGAUCAAGUGAGGUGUGUCGAAUGUGGAGGAGUUAUUGGACAAUGGGAAAUAGGAGAUGUGCCAUUUAUUGAGCACAGAAAAUUCUUCCCAGAAUGUCCUGUGGUACGUCAAAGUGAUGAAGACAUAGGUAUUCAAGUGCGUAGUCCAAAAUAUCCUGAGUUUUCAACAAUAGAAUCGAGAAAUCGUUCUUUUUCUAUGUGGACAUCAACAGUUCAGGAUUCUACUAUUCUAUCACAGGCUGGAUUUUAUUAUUUAGGAUCAGGUGAUGAAGUUCGAUGUUUUUAUUGUGAUGGAGGGUUAAGAAAUUGGUUAAUAGGUGAUGAUCCGUGGGUUGAACAUGCUCGCUGGUUCCCAAAAUGUCCAUUUGUAAUUCUGGUAAAAGGACCAGCAUAUAUAAAGAAUGUUUUAGAGAGGACACAAAAUUCAAAUCAAGGAAUCAUUUCAUCAGCUCCAAAUGCUCCUGUUUCAAUUGAUGAUGCGAUGGUUAGUCAACCAGCUCAAGAUGCUUUACAAAUGGGAUUAAAUGCUGGCCGAGUACGCUCAGUAAUGCAAAGAAGAUUACAAAUGACAGGUAGACCAUUUAAUAACACGGAAGCGCUUGUCGCAGCUGUGUUAGAUGGUCAGAUCGAAGAUGAAGGAUAUGAUCAUGAUCACGAGACUGAAGGACAAAUAGAAAGUCAGGUUACAGAACUCUUACUUUCAGCCGUUUCUUCAGUAGCAUUCAAUUCAGAUAAUGUCGAGCAGGCCACAACAAGUUCGAGUUCCGAAACAGUAAGAUCCUUCGUACCUGAUAAUAUCAUAAGAAAGCCACCGAUUUCGGAAACAUCACCAAAGUUACCUACAACAAAUGACAUGUCUUUUAGUGAUGGAGAUGAAAGGCGCCUCAAAAAUGUUGAAUGUAAAAUUUGUAUGGCUGAAGAAAUGGGAGUUGUUUUUCUACCUUGUGGUCAUCUUUUAUCCUGUGUUUACUGUGCACCUGCUAUUUCUCAAUGUCCAUUAUGUAGGGAGACUAUACGCGGUCGAGUGAGAACUUUUCUCUCAUAAAAUAAUAAUAAAAAUAUUUACAUACAUAUUUAGUAUAUAAUACAUCGAUAUAAUGGAUAUAAUAUAAAAAAUAAUUCACAAAGUAUAGCACGAUGUGAAAUUUCUCUUUAAAAAUUAUCAAUCAAUUCUAAGCAUUUAGUC